UUUAGCUUAGCUUCUUGACUGGCUAGUUGGAUAAUGCCAGUCGGUGUUAGGAGUCAUAUCAAGACCUGAAGCAAGCUUCCCAUUUAGCCACAUCAUUGUACACAGACUACUUAACACAGUAGACACCACAAAAUGGUACUUUUAUCAUUUAGUUCUGGACUCAGUCGUUUACGAACAUUGAGAAUGAUGCCGUCUUUAUGUCGAUGUAGUACCGCUGGAGUUUCAAGAACGUCCAAUGACGGAUGCUGCAUGUGGAGCCUUGUGGAAAUGCGACGCCGUCAAUGCAGUUCUCACAUUUCUAACACGAAGGUGCCGUUGACACCAACGUGGAAGCCAAUGCAAAGCAACCUAACCCAACCGGCCGGAGUGUCGGCAGACCUGGUUGAUAAAUUGGAGAGACUGGCGCUGGUAGAUUUCCGUAACCAGGAGGGACUUGUCUGUUUGGAGAAAGCGAUUCAGUUUGCUAAUCAGCUCCACGCCGUGAACACCGAUGGCGUUGAGCCAAUGGAUUCCGUUCUAGAAGACAGGUCGCUAUAUCUGCGUGAGGACAUAGUGACAGAAGGCGACCAUGCGGAGGAACUCCUCAAUCUCUCUAGUAACACGGUGGAGGAGUACUUCGUCGCACCACCAGGUAACAUUCCACUUCCGAAGAGAGAGAGAGAUUCCAUGUUGAAAGAACCAGAGCUAUAACACAAAGUAAUUCAGUGUAUGAAAGAUAUUUUGUAUAACGUAUUUAUUUUUACGACUCUCGAUUAUAAACGUUUUCGAAGUUACUUUAAUGUGCGAGGUAUUGAAAAGGUAUUGUAACGACCA